GGUGUUUGAUUGCAACUAGCAGACAUACUUAACCUCUGUGUCUCGUCAAUCAAAUUACCACCUUAUUAGAACGAUGAAAUGAACUAGAUCUUCCCAUUUACUCUAGAUGGUCUGAUAGCUUGAACGUCCUUAAACAUGUCCAAGGGCAAGCUGAGGAGUGUCGCAGAUGUAUGUGGCGACUGCGGGGCUUUGGAACCUGGGUGGGCAUCUGUGAACCGCUGCAUAUUUUUAUGUGACGAAUGCUGCAGUAUCCACAGAAGCCUGGGACGACAUGUCUCUCAUGUGAAGUCUCUGAAGAAAGGCAACUGGAGCCCAUCACAAUUACUGAUGGUGCGGACACUCAACGGUAGCGGAGCUAACAGUAUCUGGGAGCAUACAUUAUUAGACCCAGCUAAUUCAAAGGGAGGUCGGCGUAAACCACAACCUCAAGACCCGCUUCACACCACCAAAGCUGACUUCAUUCGAUCUAAACAUCAAUCGUUGUCAUUUGUGUUCCGCCCUUCCAAGGAAGAAAUCUCAUCAGAUGAUGCUGAUCUCAGUCAGCAGUUGCACUCCAGUGUUAGAACGAAUAAUUUGGAAACAAGUUUGAGACUUUUAUCACAAGGAGCCGAUGCCAACUUCUUCCAUCCCGAAAAGCGUACAACUCCUCUACAUGUUGCUGCUCAAGCUGGACAAGCUUUGCAAGUGGAGUUGCUCUUGGUGUACGGGGCCAAUCCCAACGAGGAGGACCAACAUGGACGCACACCAGCUUAUUUUGCCAGGUGUGCGGGUCACAUGGAGUUGGCAGAACGCAUAAUUGAGUGUCUGUAUGAAGUGACAGACCGUUUGUCCUAUUUCGUCUACGGCCGGAAACCAGAACAUAGAAAAGGCCAACACCUAAUCCUUCCAGAAAAGUCUAACUGUGGUGAGGUCGCAGAAAUUUCUCAGGAAACAAGGAUGAAACUUCAGCAGCUUCCUAAUCAACUUUUUGAGGAAUUGGCCACUGAUGUUUACGAUGAAGUUGACCGCCGUGAAACUGAAGCUGCAUGGUUGUGUGGCCCUGUUGCGCUGGAAAAUGCUUCAGUUCCAUUCCUACCGGUUAAUCCUGAACUAUCAGCCACUAGAAAUCAGGGCAGGCAGAAGUUAGCACGGUUCAGCUCCAGUGAAUUUGCUGCUCUUAUUAUUGACAUCCUCUCUGAUGCAAGAAGGAGGCAGAUGUUUGCAUCAGCACCAAAUCAGUAUGGUGAUGUUAAUGUUAAGCACCAUUCAGAGCUUUCAGAUGAUGAUCCAUUGUAUGAUAGUGUAGCAUCUGAUGAAGAUUAUGUAACCGCUGAGCAAUUAGCAAAAUGCUUAAAAGUAGCUGAUGCCGGGAAGUUUAUUCCUCCACAAUCUGGUGACGCGUCAGGAAAUACUAUCAGUCCCGAAAAGAACUCAGAUUCUCCUAGACCUUCUACAGAACAAGAACUUCGCCAUGAACUGAACUGUGCUAACGCUUGCAUAAAUGAACUUAAAAUGGAGCUCCAAAAGAUGCAGACUGUGGUUCAAAAGUUGGAAGCUGAGAACUCAGAGCUGCGCCGAAUGAGGAGCAAUCCUCUUCCCAACGGUCAUGAAGCGGAGCCCGGUCUUCAAUCCGCACAUGUCCAGCGCCCCUCAUCCAUGUAUGAGCCCAGAGAAGGAUUACGAUCUUCCCCUUGGGGAAACGCAAAGAAUCAGGUUUUCCAGAACUCAAUGGUUCCCAUGCCUCUGCCUGAGGAGGUCAUGCGUAGAACUGAUCAGGUGACCAAACGCAUUCAGGAGCUAUGGGUAUCUAUGCAAGAGCAAAGUUCACCUGUCCUGAAUAGAGACACGUUUGUGCCUUGUGCAGAGCGCAUAAGGGUAGCCGUUGCCGAACUUACAGCUAUAUUUCCAAAGACCCCAAGUGAUGAAGCCAUUCGAUCUUCUCUCAGAGCUCUCAUAAAUAACACAGCCCGCCUCCAGGCUGACUGUGCUGGUCUUCAAAAUAGUAUGGGAACAGAUCGAAGUAUAUUUUUGCAGCAAGUUCGGUCAACUGCCUAUGAUAUUGCAAAAGCAACAAAGGUGCUGGUAUCCACACAAAUCCAGCAGCAACAGCAGCUUCAAGCAACUCCCCCUCCUCAAUCGCCCCAGCCUUCUCUUUGUCAGCAACAGAGUAUUUAAUUUGGGCUAUAGCAUAUACAGUGGUGGUAUUUUAAAUAUGCGAUGACAUUGAGUGUUAAAGCUCACCUUUUGAUUGUGUAGUUGUGUCAUAAUUUGUACCUACUCAUGUGAUACCACUCAUUUUAAAAGUAGGUUAACAACUUCCUGUUUGCCAUUGUAGUUAAUGUGUAUCUCUGUAGUGCUCUUUUUCUGUGUGGUGUCAUUCAUUUUAGAAGUUUCAGAGAUUGUCACAAUUCAUUGUAACAAAGUCACUUUUAGUUCCUUGAAGAAUAUUUUAUUCAUUAAUUCAGUAGUAAAAUGUCUAACUCACUCAGAAUUCUGGUGGUAUUCUAGCGCAUUUAUGAUUGGAUUCAUUGGUGUGAUAUGCUUUAUGUUUACUACUACACCUUUGGACUUUUCAAACAUUUUUACCAUUGUAUAUUUUCAUUUAGUGUAAUCAUCAUUAAAUGUUUUUAUUGUCAGUCUGAUGAUUGAUUUUGCCAUGACUCAUUUGUCAUCCAUUCAUCAUCGCAUCAUUGUAAUUAUGAUAGAACUUUCUGCGCUGAAUCAUUGUUUUACAUUUAAUAGAUCAGUUUGCUGAUUCUUUUGCCAAGUGGCAUACUGUAGCGCAUAAAUUAUUUGAGUACUUUAUAAUACAAAGCAGUAUGUACUCAGUGAACCUGUGCAAAACCUGUGAUAAUCAUUCAUUAUGUGUUUUAUGGUUUUAUGUCCCGAUUGAUUUUUAGUGAGUUGCUGGUGUUGCUGGCAGGUCAUUGAAACUCCUACAAUGUUAUUACUCUGGAACUUGAUGAUACAUUUUUAGCACAUUGCUUAUGCCAUAAUACUAAUUAGUGAUUUCUCAAACCCAUGUAUUUUAUUCAUUUCUGACUGAUUCUAAUUAAAGUAAUUUGCAAAAUAAAAUGCAAGUGUUUUUGUGGUUGUUGAUGUUAACACUAGGUAGUCGCGUUACCAUUGUUGUAUUGAAACCUUAGGUAUUUUGUUUGUAAUGCUUGGUUUUUUUUAAAUUAACAGAGUCUUAUUCCUCUGUAUUUCUCUCUGAACUAAUCAUGCCAAUGAAGAAGGAGGAUGGGGAACUCUCAGAGAAAGUUUUAUUAAUUAAUUUACUUCUACCUGCCACACGAUGCAGAGCAAAUAUUUUUUAUUUGGAAAUGAUGCCAUCAUAGUAUUUUAGUAACAUAGUAUUGACUAAGCCACAGCCAAGGCCACACUCAUGUUUUUAUAAGGAGUGUGAAGGAAACAGAGUUUAUCAAGCAUCAUUGUCUUUCUUUAUGCAUGCCCUUAAAACUCAAGUGCCAAAAGUUAAUAUGCUGUGUGAGGUCCAGGAUCAAAUGUAAUUGAUGUUUAACUGUAACAGCUUGGAAUGCCUGUAUUGCCAUGACACGUGGUUUGAGUUUAUGGUUAUCGGUUACUGUAGGUAGAACAGAAACAAUUAUCAAAUACGACAAUUGGGGGUUUUCUUCUAUUGUUUAUCAAUUAUUUAAUUAUGCAGACAGUGGGUAAGUUUUGAUCGAGGCUAUGGCUCGGCUAUGUAGAUUGGUAGCCUAGAAAUUACAUCAAAAUAAACACACUAAAAUGA